AUGCUCCUGGUGCUCUCUAACGUGUUGAACCUUCUCGCAGUCGCGAAGCUCGUCACGGCUUUCCCGUCUGCGCCUCUCUCGGGUCGACAGGCCAAUGUCUCGACCCCUGUCGUGGACCUCGGAUACUCCCAGUAUCAGGGAACGUACGACCGUGACACAAACAUAUCCUACUUCUUUGGUAUACGCUACGCGCAAGCUCCCACUGGGGAGCUGCGCUGGCAAGCGCCACAGACGCCGGUGACGACUACGGGUGUACAGCAAGCGACAGAACAACCAAAUGAAUGCUACCAGGCGUCAGAUGGUAACAACAGUACAAACCCCUACAGAGCUUCAUCCCUUCAAAAGAGAGCUGUUCGAGUCUCUCAAGACGAAGACUGUCUCUUCCUGAACGUUUACACCCCGGGACAGUUACAGUCUGGCGCAGAUCUGCCAGUCGUUGUCUGGAUUCACGGCGGAGGAUAUUUCGGCGGAUCGGCAAGCGGGUACAGCGGCCAAGACAUAAUCAAAGAAUCCGACUACGGAGCGAUCACCGUGAUCAUUCAAUACAGGCUGGGUGUCUUCGGCUUCCUCCCAGGCUCCGAGGUGAAGGCGAACGGUUCGCUCAACGCGGGUCUCCUCGACCAGAAUUUUGCGUUACAAUGGGUCCAAGAACAUAUCUCGUCCUUUGGUGGCGACCCAGCCAAGGUUACGAUAUGGGGUGAAUCAGCAGGCGCUGGCUCCGUCAUUCAACACGUCCCUCCGCUCUUCCGCGCUGCUAUGACCAGCUCGACGUACCUGCCAUUCCAGUACUACUAUAACGACACCAUCCCCGAGGCUGACCACAUCGGGUUCAGCUGCUCGUCUGCUUCCGGCGCGCUCGAGUGUCUGCGCUCCGCCUCUGCGUCUGCUCUCCAAGCCACCAACAAAGCGAUUAGCCGCGCGGCCUUCUACGGCGCCUCCGUCUUCGUCCCCGUCAUCGACGGCACCUUCAUUGUCGAGCGGCCCACCGUGACGCUCGAGAAGCGGCGCGUCAACGGCAAUGUGCUCCUCUCCGUCACGAACUUGCUCGAGGGGCGAAACUUCCUCUUCCCGCUGAUCAACUCGACGAUCGUGCAGACGAUCGUCAAGCAGUACACGAGCGACCCUGCGCUGAACGACACCUUGGCUCAGGCUAUCGGCAUCCAGGGAGAGUCGAUCUUCAUCUGCCCAACGUAUCUUCUGAUGCAAGCAUUUGGGGCUAACGCGUACAAGGUGCAAACUGACUUGCAAUACUACUUCCCUACUGCGAUCCCGCCGAAGUACAACAACUCCGAGCUGAUUACCUCCUUCUCGCAGUCGUUCCUGUCCCCCGUCGUGCAGACGACGACGACGUCCCCUGCGCUGCUCGAGCGAUGCGCGUGA